CACUGCGACAAACCAACAAACCAGCACCCGAGCCUCUCCCCUGAGGAAUCUACAAAACCAGAUCAGAUCUUCUUACAUCUUAGCCCCGGUCCAAAUUUCGAGAUCAAUCAAUACUUUAAAAGAUCUCACAAGCUUCAAGGACGACAUCUCUACACAACAUACUCUCGGAUUUCAGGAUCGAUUUGGAUGAGAUAAAGAAAAGAUUGGAGAUUGAAGAAUUUUGGAGUUCUUUCCUUUUCCUUAUUUCUGUGAAUUUGGCUUUAUUUGUGAAGGUUUGAAUUGUUUUGGUUUCUGAUUUGUUGAAUUGUGCUGCAAAAUCCUGUCUUUCUGAGAUUUUGGUUAUGGUGCAGCACGAAUAUUUCUUACAUUUGAUUAAGUGAACGAAACAAUAAAGUUUGGCAGACAUUUGGUUUUAGUUUGAUUGAAUUGGUUAAGAACUUUCUCUAUGAUUUGAGAGGGACUGCCGUGGCUGCUGUGUAAAGAUGGCUCUAACUUAGAUGUCGGGAAGCAGAUCGUAGAAAGAACUUUAGGAACAGAAAAUAGUGAAUACACUGGGGUUAAUGGAAUUCAAGGUGGAAGCCAUGGACAGGUUCUCUUAAGGGAACCUCCUAUGCGAUUGUCCUUUCCUUUUGGAUCAUCAUUCAGGCAAUGCUGAUGCAAGUUUACAAGAAUCUACUUGUGAAUUGCCUUCGCUUCAAGGAGAUGAGGUUCAAAAUGGAUUUUUAGAUGUUGAUAGACAGAAAGUAGGUUUCGGCAGAGAAGUAUGCAUCUGAAUGAGGGUAAUGCUAUGGGUACUGUGCCCGUUCAUGUUAAGGUUGGAAAUGAGACGAAAUACAUACCUUUUGAUAUUGAGAACAGGACCAAUAACCUUUCACACCUUUCAGAUAUUAAUGUUGAUAGGUUUGCUUCAGAAGAAAUACAUGAAACAGUAACAAAUACUCAGAAUUCUAUUUCUGCGGCUACUGUGCUUAAAGCAUUGUUUUUCAUAUUUGUUUGGUAUGCCUUCAGCACAUGUUUGACACUGUAUAACAAAAUACUCUUAGGAGAUCAAUUAUGGAAGUUUCCAGCACCCUUGCUGAUGAGCACUGUCCAUUUUGCAAUGCAAGCUGUUUUAUCAAAGGCCAUUACAUGCUGUUAUGCUCAAAGGUUUAAGCCUAGUAUAAAAAUACCAUGGAGGGAUUACUUUAUAAGAGUUGUACCAACGGCCCUUGGAACUGCAUUGGAUAUAAACCUCAGCAAUGUCUCCCUUGUUUUCAUCUCUGUCACAUUUGCUACUAUGUGUAAAUCUGCAUCUCCAAUAUUUCUCCUUUUAUUUGCUUUUGCAUUCAGGUUGGAGACUCCAAGCAUUCAACUUCUUGGUAUCAUACUAAUCAUCUCUAUUGGAAUUUUACUAACAGUUGCAAAGGAGACAGAAUUUGAAUUUUGGGGUUUUAUUUUUGUUAUGCUUGCUGAUGUUAUGUCUGGGUUUCGCUGGUGCAUGACACAGAUUCUUUUGCAGAAAGAAUCCUAUGGUUUAAAGGAUCCGAUUACUUUUAUGAGCCAUGUGGCUCCAGUAAUGGCAGUAGCAACUUUUAUUCUCUCUCUUAUAAUGGACCCAUGGGAUGAAUUCAAAAGGAACAACUACUUCAAUAAUUCAUGGCAUGUUUUUCGAAGUUGCUUGCUAAUGCUUUUUGGUGGAACCCUAGCUUUUUUCAUGGUUUUAACAGAAUAUAUUCUUGUAUCAGUAACCAGUGCAGUAACUGUGACAAUAGCAGGAGUUGUCAAGGAAGCUGUCACUAUUCUGGUGGCAGUGUUUUACUUCCAUGAUCAGUUUACCUGGUUGAAAGGGAUUGGACUGCUUACAAUCAUGAUUGGUGUGAGUUUAUUCAACUGGUACAAAUACCAAAAGCUACAGAAGGGCCAUACAAAUGAAAAUGAUGAAGCAAUGCUACUAAAUUCUAAUGCAGCUGCAAAAUAUGUUAUCCUUGAGGAGAUGGAUGAUGUAGAUGAUGAAAUUUAGUAACUCUUUUCAUCGUCUUGAUCAAAGCUUGAAAUUUAGCUAGCUAUAUGUGAAUGCCGUUUCAUCCAUUUCUUACAUAUGCAUUUUGAAGUCCAAAUACAGCAUUUGCAGUGGACCGAAUAUCAUUUCAGUUCAUCUUGGAAAUUCUUCACCUCAGACAGGUGCAGCAGCUAGGCCAGAAAUAAGUGCAUGGUUACUUAGAUUUCUUUACAGAAGAUGGGUGCUAUAAUUAUUUGCACGGGGAUGCUUGUUGCAAGGCCAACGUCCAAAUUUCUGAUUCUGUCAAACUAAAUUCUGCCAUCUUUUGCUCAUAUAAGCUUCUACCUAUAUAUGUUUAACUGUGCUGCAGAGAAAUUAUCCAUGUAGAAAUUGAAAGAUUACACGGAUAAGAGAUCAUAGCAUGUUUGUACGUGAUGUGGAAUAUAAUCUCCUGGUUACCAUAUUGGUUCAUUUGUUUUCUCCAUUUUGGCGAUGUUGUUAAAACAUUUGAGGAUGUACAGGGUAACAGAGAGUUGUAAUAGUUUAAGGUUUUUGUCCAUUCUGUGCUGUAACAACUAACAAGUUUUAAGUGAUUGACAUUCUUUGUUUGAAUUCUUACCUUUUACC